GGGAAUGUCAAAAUCGACAUCGGCGGGCAGACGGACGGGCAGCGAUACCCAUCCAGCUGGAAUAACAGAAAACAGAGAACAUUACACCUUCCUCUUCAUCUGCCAGCAUAAUCGUUCCUACGUCUCGUCAACUUCACCUUUCCGACAAACUCAACAUUCACGGAGCAAACUCCGACCGCAUCCCAUCCACCUCACCAGCAGCGCUUUCCUCCACACAUCAAUAUGUUUGCAACAAGGCCACCAAGGCCACCAUUCGGCGUAGGAGCUUCAUCUACUGCUACAUUAGCACCUUCAUCAUCCGUCGAGGAUGAUGACCUUUAUUCCUUCGAAAAGACAUCAAACACAGGCGGCUACGGCGGAUCCAACAGCACAUGGACCUCGGCAGGACGAGUCGGAGUAACAUCAAGUUUCGGCUUCCAAAACCGGGGGCCACCAGGAACGUCCGCACGACUAGGCACAAGCAUGAGGAUAGGCGGAGACGCAUCAGACGCAGCACGGCCCAUGACGUCCGUGCGCGCCGCGGGUUACUCCAGUCGCGGGCGAAUGGGGAUGACGGCGGGGCAAGCGUUCGACCCUUUCAAUCAAGCUGCGCGGGACGCAGCAGGUGGAUCGAGCAGUGGUGGUGGGGGCUAUCACAAGUUGGAAGAAACGCCGGAGGAGCAGAUUCGGAACCUGGAACGGAAAGUAAACCAGCUGGUGGAGGAAUCGGCUGUCGUCGCCGCGAGUGGGAAUCUGCGGUCGGCAUUAGAAAAGGCGAAGGAGGCGGGCAAGAAGGAACGGCAGCUGUGCCGGCAACGAGAACAGUUGGAACUGGCGGACCAGAUGAACCUGGACUUGACGUAUUGCGUGCUGUUCAACCUCGCCACUCAGUACCAGAUGAACCAGUUGUACCAAGAGGCUUUGAACACGUACGGCGUGAUUGUGAAAAACAAACUAUUCAACCAGUCCGGGCGGUUACGAGUCAAUAUGGGGAACAUUUACUUUGAGCAAGGGAAAUACUCCCAGGCGGUGAAGAUGUAUCGCAUGGCGUUGGACCAAAUAUCGAAUGCAAACAAGGAGAUACGGCUGAAAAUCAUGCGCAACAUUGGAAACGCCUUUGUGAAGAUGGGCCAGUUUCAGGACGCCAUCACGUCGUUCGAGGCAAUCAUGGAAGGAAGCCCAGAUCACCACGCAGGCUUCAACCUAAUCCUCUGCUACUUUGCCCUCGGGGAUCGAGACCGAAUGAAACGCUGGCUACAACGGCUAGUCUCAAUACGGCCCGUAGCAGUGGAACAAAACGAGGAUUUCGGUGCGGGCUCCACCGAAGGACCCAUUGAGGACCAUGAGGUCUUCAAUGAAGACGAGCUGAGAGCCAUAGCGCGGGAACGGCAGCAAGCAGGCGAACGAUGCAUUGUACUGGCAGCGAAACUAGUCGCGCCGAGCAUCGAGGCCGAUUUUGCGGCCGGGUACGACUGGAUUGUGGAGACGGUAAAAUUAUCGCCAAACGCCGCUAUUGCGAGCGAUAUCGAGAUUGCCAAAGCUAUCCAGUAUUUGAAGGCGAAGGAUUUUGGAAAGGCGGUAGAUACAUUAAAAGCCUUCGAAAAAACCGACCAAAAAAUGCUUGGCACAGCCGCCACAAACCUCUCCUUCCUCUACUUCCUCGACGGCGACUACAAGCAGGCAGAACGGUAUUCAGAUCUCGCGAUCGGGAAUGACCGCUACAACGCGAAGGCGCAGACGAAUCGCGGGAAUUGCUAUUUCGUUAAGGGCAAUUACGAGAAGGCCAAGGAACAUUACCAACAAGCGAUCAAUGUGGAUGCUGUCUGUACGGAGGCAAUGUACAACCUUGGCCUCGUGAACAAGCAGCUGGGACUGCAUCUCGAGGCUCUGCAAUGGUUUGAAAAGCUAUAUGCCAUCCUGCGGAAUAGCGCUGAGGUCAUUUUCCAAAUCGCGGACAUACACGACAAGCAAGGCAACCUCCAACAAGCCAUGGAAUGGUUCAACAUCCUCAUCUCAGUCGUCCCCACCGACCCGGGCGUCCUCGCCAGGCUGGGCGACAUGUUCGUACGAGACGGGGACAAAUCGCAGGCAUUCCAAUACUACUCCGAGUCCUACCGCUACUUCCCCUCGAAUAUGGAUGUCCUCGCCUGGCUAGGCGCCUACUACGUCGAAUGCGAAGUGUACGAGCAAGCGGUGCAGUUCUUUGAACGCGCCGCGACGAUUCAACCGCAGCAGGUGCGGUGGCAGCUGAUGAUUGCGAGCUGUUAUCGAAGAGUGGGGAGUUAUCAGCAGAGCUUUGAGACGUAUAAGCGGAUACAUGAGAAAUUUCCGGACAAUGUUGAGUGCCUCCGCUUCCUCGUCCGCAUCUGCACCGACCUCGGUAUGAAAGAAGUGGCCGAAUACGCCGACAAGCUCGCGCGCACCGAGCGCGCCAAGGAACGCUCCUCCGUCUCUUCCGAAACAACCGCGCCCUCAACCCCGCGAGCGAAAGAGAGCAGUUUACGAGGGCUGGGUACGCCGGAGGGCCGCGUCAGUGGAUUAAGAGAUGAGGAUGGCGAGCGGAGCGCGGGGAAGAAGCGGGUGUCAAUUGUUAUGCCGCCUGUGGAGAAAGUUGGUGAGCAGCAGAUUUGUGUAUGAGUGCGGUUGGAUGGUGGGAAGAUCUUGGGUUGUUUAUGACUUCCUGUUGGGUGUGCGAUAGAUCCGAAUGUGAAGGUCCGACGACCACAAACUGCCAACAGAAACCGCUUCGACGACGACGAUUUCCAAGAAGACGUCAGUUCCCUCCUCCCCGAAUAGAACCCAACACCCCCGUCACGUCUCACGCUCUGUCUUUUGUCUGUCUCGCAUAAAUCACCCCGCAUUUCAUCGAUUGGACACACACGCCUGUAUUCCCAUGUUCAUACCCAUUUUUUGGCACACCCAUCACAGUUUUGUUCAUGUGGUGGCUCCGGAAAGAUAGUACAAUCAUAUAUCAUCGUCACGCGCAAUCCAUGGAUGUGUGGCAUGAGCGCCC